CUCAAAAUCAAUUAUCCCCUAAUUUCCUCCUCCUAUAUAUAUAAUUGCAUCUACAUAUAAUCAGACUCAAUCCCUUCUCCCUCUCUUUCUUUUAUAUAUACAGACACACACUGUUAAUUAAUUAAUGGCGGACGCUGCUACGUAUAAUCACCCUUUGUUUAGCUGCAGAAUUUGCCAGAAUCCCAUCGCUCUUCGAGAUGAUCUUCUCUCUAAACGCUUUGUGGCAAAAUCAGGAGGAGCAUACCUUUUUCGGCAUGCUAUGAAUGUAGUGGUGGGGAAAAAGGAAGAUAGAAAACUGAUGACAGGUACCUUCAGUGUUGCUGAUAUAUUCUGCAGCAAGUGUGGGCAGGAAUUGGGUUGGAAGUAUGUUAAAGCUUAUGAUCCUGCACAGAAGUACAAAGAAGGAGGUUUCAUUAUCGAGAUUGCCAAAAUUCUCAAAGAAUAUUAAUAAAUUCAUCACUUAUUUAUGUAACAAGUACUGCUUGAUCGAGUGUAAAUUAAUAAGAUUUCUGUUCAUGAAAAUGGGGUUAAAAACACUACUUUUAGCCUUUGUAUGUUAUCAUGCUGUUGAUGUGUAA